AUGUCCCUCACCCUCCUUCCCCUUCUUGUCCUCCUACCGGCACUGGGCCAGAGUCAGACCGGAGAUCUGUUUGAUGUGUGUCGGUCUCUGCGCGGCUCAGAGGCGGGGCCGGGCUGGGAGUUCUAUGCCUGUCAGCCGCCACCCGCCAACAUGAAGGAGGUGAUGCAGAUCAGAGUCGACCCCCCCGGGAUCACCUGUGGAAACCCACCUGAGAGAUUCUGUACACUGGAGAACCCGUACCUGUGCAGUGAUGAAUGUGACGCGUCUAGCCCCGACCUGUCUCACCCUCCCCAGCUGAUGGGGGACAGGGAGAGGGGGGGCCUCAUCACCUAUUGGCAGACGGUCACAUGGUCCAGAUAUCCUGAGCCGCUAUUGGCCAACAUCACUCUGUCCUGGAACAAGAGUCUGGAGGUGGUCGAUGACAUCAUCAUCACCUUUGAGUACGGCCGGCCAACCAGCAUGGUGCUGGAGAAGUCCAUGGACAAAGGUGUGACGUGGCAGCCGUAUCAGUUCUACGCUGACGACUGUCUGGAGGUCUUCGGCAUGUCACCUAAACGAGUCUCGGAUUUAGCGCCGACUAAUUUAACACGGGUGAUCUGCACCGAGCAGUACUCCCGCUGGGUCGGAGCCAAGGAGGAGAAGACUGUGGUGUUCGAGGUGCGCGCUCGGUUCGGAGUGUUCGCGGGUCCGAAGCUGAUCAACAUGGACGCUCUGUACACACGGAUGGAGACCAUGAAGGGUCUGAGAGAUUUCUUCACCUUCACCAACCUCCGUCUGAGACUGCUCCGCCCCGCGCUGGGCGGGACCUACGUCCAGAGAGACAACCUGCUCAAGUACUUCUAUGCCAUCUCCAACAUUGACGUACCUGCCAGGUGUAAGUGUAAUCUGCAUGCGUCUCAAUGUGUGUUACGAGAUGCGACCCUGCAGUGUGAAUGUGACCACAACACAACGGGACAGGACUGUCAGCGCUGCAGACGAGGGUUCAAGUCCCGCAGCUGGAGACCUGGAUCAUACCUGCCCCUGCCCAAAGGCACUGCCAAUACCUGUGAAGUAGCUGAACCAUCAGCCAACUUCCAGGGUACAGCAGGACGUACAACAAAUACAGCUCUGUCCAGCAGUCCUGCUUUGGAGACUGGAGAAACUGUGUCCAAACCAGCUCUCACAGUACCAGACACCACCAUUCCCAGUACCACUAGUAGCACCUCCAGUCUCUCCAGUAACAUCAAUACCAAGAGCCCCAUAAUCCCAGGCUACAGUACUGACUCUGAGGUGUCUAUUUCUGACCCAGUGACUCUACCGUUUGACUCCACCUCCUCACCAGACAGCACAGACUCCGCCUUCUCUGGGACUGAUACUACCAACCUGAUCACCAGUACUACCCUAUCUGCUGAUGGUACUACAUCAACCGGAGUCCCACUUCUAACAACCAUCCCAGAAAUAACCCCACCAGGUGAUAGGGCUCCAUCUGGAGAUGCUCCACCCACAGUGUCAGCCCCAACCAGUCAGACUGGAAAUGCUUCACCUACAGCAGGAGCUGACACAACCUCUCCUGAGAUGUACUUCCUCCUGGUGGAGCUCCUCCUGCUGUACCUCCUCCUGAUGUACAACUUCCUGAUAUACCACCUCCAGCUGUAUCUUCUCCAGAUGUACUACCUCCUGGUGGAAAUCCUACUGCUGUAUCUCCUCCUGAUGUACCACCUGCUGAUGUACCACCAGCAGUACCACCUCCAGACAUACUUCUUUCUAAUGUAUCUCUACCAGAUGUACCACCUCCUCCUGUACCUUCUCCAGAUGUACCAUCUCCCGCUGUACCUCCUGCAGAUGUACCUCUUCCUGAUGUACCUUCUCCAGAUGUACCUCUUCCUGAUGUACCUUCUCCUGAUGUACCUCUUCCUGAUGUACCUCCUCCAGAUGUACCUCCUCCAGAUGUACCUCUUCCUGAUGUACCUCCUCCAGACGUUCCUCCAGAACUCCCGAUGCUCCUCUGCUGAGGCCAAAGAGGAAACAAAGACAGAAUCCAAGGAGGAAAGUGUUGGUGAGAAAGAGGGAAAAGGCUACGAGAAAAAAGCGACCCAGAAGCUUCUGAUUCCAGGAGGACCAAAGUUCAGUCAACUGUCCAAAAUCGCCUACGUCACCUUCCAGGACUGUGAGUGUAACGGCCACUCCAAUCGCUGCAGCUACAUCGACUUCAUCAAUGUGGUCACGUGUGUGAGCUGCAAACACAACACGCGAGGACAGAACUGUCAGUUCUGUCGCCUCGGUUACUAUAGAAACACCUCGCUGUCAUUGGACGACGAGAACAUCUGUAUGGAGUGUGAGUGCGAUGCAGACGGCAGUGUUUCUCCUCACUGUUCUGAGUCUGGUCUCUGUCAGUGUAAAGAUGGAGGUGCAGGGAGGCGCUGUGACUCCUGUUUACCUGGAUACACCUGGAGAGGAGGCAAAGCCAGCUGCACAGUGAACGUUUGUGACAAGGAGCGUUUGAUUUGUCAGAACGGAGGAACUUGCGUUGACUUCCAGCGCUGCCUCUGUCCAGAUAACUUCACAGGUACAUUAUGCGAGAAAAGUGUCUGUCUGAAGAAGAGUGGUUGCCCUGACAACGCUGAAGGCUCCUCAUCGUCUCUGACCUCACACCUUUACCUGCUGACCCUUAGUCUGAUCACCUCUGCCUCCUGCUGA